ACGAAAAUAGCCUGGUUAUCGCGCAAGCUAGAGACGCAGGCACAAUGGCAGGUUUAUGACGUACAGUGAGCGCUUCAAAUACUGAAUUGAACCUGAAUAUAAUACAGGAAACCAAAUCAUGCAUUGUUAUAAUCGCCGCUCCCACAGGAAAGUGGCACCAUGAAGGUUGUUCGUGGAGUGUGAUGAUAGUCGUUUUGACUCUCGACUGCUCGACAAAUUUUGAAAUUCCCCGCCGUAUGCUUCAAUCCACACUGCGUUCGUGGAUUACAGCCUCUGCUGGUAAUUUAAAGGGACGCUGAGGAGUACAGUCCUAGAACUUUGGGCUGAUCGCGUGAUGUAAAAAGUGUGUUUUAUACAACUGUCAUGGAGUUGGGUCAAGGACUGAGAUUUGUUCUGCGUGUGUUGCAGUAUUUCACCUCCCGAAAAAGGUUCUCACGGGCUCGCUGCAGGUUCCUACUGCCGGUGCUCGCCGUUCUUGGGAUCUUACAUGUCACUUGGAUGUGCUUGGCUGUCAACCGGGGCAUAGUAGCCGUCGGUGAUCCAGAUGGUCUUCGUCGAUUAUUUUGGAGCGGGAACCAACACGAUUCAGAAGUUCCUGCCGCAGUGCACCCAAACUCGGCCCAGGAUGCAAGCAGCAGCAUUCGAGGGAAGAAAUGCAAGCAGGGAAUAUGUGGUCCCGAAAACCCACCAAGCCUUAGUGACAGGAAAAUAAAUAUCACAGGCAUGACAGCAAAGGGAAUCAAUGAAAAUAAAAUGAAUCCAAAGGAAGUUAUUAAUGGGCGUUGGCCUCAAAUGGAUCCAAGGACACAGAGAUAUCCUGCUUGGUGUAGUGGACGUACUGGAGUCAAAUCAAAUUCUGAUAGGCCAGCGGGUAGACACGACACCACUGGACCCAAGUACUUCUUGACUGCUGUUUUACUGGUCCGGAUAUAUGCUUAUGAUCUUGCUAAGUUAACAACACGCGAAAUGAUGCAAUGGCUUCAGUACUUAAGCUACGCUGGGGUUGAGCAUGUUUACGUCUACGAUGCUUACUUAUUUAGGAAUGAAUCCCAGAAAGAACAACUCAAGUGUUUCAUAGAGAACGGCUAUGUAACAUACGUGGAUUGGAGCCAUAGGGCAAGACCGAAGUACACUAUAGCGGGCACACAGGUCUCCGCCUACCAGAAUUGUAUCAACCAAUUUGGCAAUGAAUAUGCAUGGCAGACGGCUAUCGAUAUCGACGAGUACCCGUUCUGUCCCAAUGACCGCGAAUCAGGAUUUCUGGUCCGUGCCGUGCAGGAGAUCGCCCGUUCGAAACCAAGCGUCGGUGAAAUCUCCAUGCAGAAUUACCUGUACCUCGGUAAACCNGCUGAAUGACAGCGAGCAUCCAUUGCUAAUUGACAGGUUGUGGCGAAGGACCAUUAAGCGAGGAAACGCCUUGGUCAAACCAAUCUAUCAGCUCAAGGCAAUCCAGGCAGCCAACGUUCACCACAACGCCUUGAAAAGAGGCUACAUUUACCACUCCCCAAGUGACCAAUGGAUUAGGAUGAGCCACUUCUGGGGAGCUCGAUUGCAAGAUUGGGGCGAGGACACGCCCAAAAUCUUGGGCAUGACGACAGAGGAUAGGGGCAUGGAGAGGGCUGUAACGGCUCUAAUGCGGUGUCUUAAGGGGUGCGAAAUGGGAUGUUGCCAAUAGAGCGAGGAUGUUGGAAAUAUAAAUAGUUUGUGGUCAUUGCAUUUUACCACCCAGAGAUGUGGAACUAUAUUACGAUGCCUUUACCAGUACUGCACAGAAAAUCGAUUUUUUUUCCCAAGAAUUAUUCAAGGUUUCCACGCUUUUCAUCCGUAUUUACCGUUAUUGCCAAUAGAACCAGAGAUGUCAGCGAAAUUAAAUAAACAGUAAUAAUUAGUCAAGUGGAAUCUCGUGUUGGAGUCACAGCCAGAGCAGCACAUGUCUCAUGAUUUUUCUUUUUCAAAUUCAGAUUGGAAUUUUAAAAAUGUGGAUAAUUUUGUUCCAUUCGGAAAUUCACUCAUUAAAAUCUUAAAACAAGAACUUAAAUUGAAACUUUAACUUCUGGCGACUUUUUUGAAUUAUUCACGUCUUCACAUACCGUAAUUACCAUUAUAUACAGAUUAUGGUCAUAAGGUAAACCCGAAAUGCUCUUUGCUCUCAAGAGGGUCGAGGGUGAAGGGAUAAAAAAAUAUUUUCCGAUUUCAGUUUUUAUUGUUCUCAGGUUGUAAAGUGCCAAUUCUGGAAUGUAUGUAAAUGUAUAACGGUGGUGGAAUUACAUUUAUAAGUAAAGAAACGAACAAUUCUGGUUACAGUUUCUACUCGCUAGUGACGGUUUAUAACUGGCAUAUGUCGCAAGAAUACUCUGUCGAUAUAAUGUAACGGAGAUGCCAUGGCCUUGCUCGAUUAACAGAGGAUGUAAGAAAGCACUGGCAUCCUCGAGGGAAAUUGUGAAACGAUUUUUACAAAUGGCAAGUUUCGUAUACUUCCUUGCAACGAUAUAACACUAAGAAAGAAAGACUCGCUGUGCCUGCCUUGGUUAAAAUGUUAAAUUUCAACUUGCCAUGACCAAAUCGCUGACGAAAUAAUAGUAUGCAUUAAAUCUGGACUUCGGACCCCAAGCUUUACACCCAAGCAAGUGA